ACUAAAAAUAUCUCUUAUUAUGGAAGGUAUUUUGUAGUUACCUUAGUUGAGCCGUCUUUAGUAAUACUCUUUUGUCAGCUCUCAACAAAAAUGAUCAUUUCUUUAUAUUUAAUUGGUUUUUGUACGUGUGCAUUUUAUCUGCAUUUUGUUUAUCGCAACUGGCAAUAUCUCAAGUUUUCUUGGCAAGUGAAAAACGGCUUUUGGUACCCUAUAUUGCCUCUGGUUGGUACUACGUACGUCAGCUUGUUUGCUGAGUCAAAAAAUAUAAUUUCUUUGAUGCAAUGGAUCGACAAAAUCAAAGGCUUUCCAUUCAAUUUGUGGUACGGCGACACCUACAUGUACAUAACAAAAGACCCCAAAGAAGUAAAAACCAUUGUGAACCAUCCGAAAUGCGUCAACAAGGCACCACUCUACGAUAAGUUUAGGUUUAUUUUCGAACAUUCCAUUAUUUUGGUGCAAGAUGAAACAUGGAGGAAACAACGUAAACAUUUUGUAAUGGGCUUCAAAUCAAGCAUUUUAAAGAACAACAUUUACAUUUACUAUAAUCACAGUUGCCAAUUGGUUGAAGAUCUAAAAUCUGUUAAAAUGCCUAAAGAUAUAUUUCGGUAUUGUGAUAGAUACGCUGUUCAAAGCUUUUUUUUAGGCAAUACCGGUAUAAGCCAAUACCUGUCGUCGAACGAAGUGGAAAAAGUGGGCGAUGUCAUAUUGGAUAUUCAAGAUCUUAUUAAAUCGCUGGUCGUCACGCCGUUCCUCAGUCCCAAAUUGUUUUUGACGUAUUUUCCAGCCGGCAAAAAAGUUACCAAAAUGCUACAAGAAGCCAAGGAGAUUGUCAGAUAUGGAAUUGGACACAAGAAAAAUUUGCUCAAAGAACAAUCCGAAUAUCUUGAAAAUGGCAAAGAUCUUUUGGAACUAUGUUUGGAUUACGGCAAAGACGAUUUGGAUGACAAUAAAAUUAUUCAACAAGUGGAAUUGUUUGCUUCAGCUGCAAGUGAUACUGCAGGCCAUACGCUCGCCUUCACUUUUGUAUUAUUAGGAAUGCAUCAAGAAAUACAGGAAAAAGUAUAUGAGGAAGUGAUGGAAGUAGUGGGCGAUAAGGAUAUAACACAUCAAGAUUUGCCAAAUUUGAAAUACACCGAAGCCGUUAUUUGCGAAACUUUGAGAUUAUUUCCAAUAAUACCGACUUUAGGAAGACGCUGUGAUGAGGACAUUAAUUUAGGUACAAAAAUAAUCCCAAAAGGCUCUUCUUGUAUAAUCAGCAUCUUUCACGUACAAAGAGACCCGAAAUAUUGGCCAGAUCCAUUAAAAUUCGAUCCAUCCAGAUUUUUGCCAGAAAACCAAUCAAAAAUCAAUCAGUUUUCUUGGAUAGGUUUUUCAGCCGGACUUAGAGAUUGUUUAGGGAAAGCCCAGGGAUUAGCAAUGAUAAAAGUGACUGUGGCCAACGUUGUCAGAAAUUUCAAGAUAGCAUCAGAUCAUAAGAGCAUUGAAGAAUUUACGCUGACAUCAUGCCUGACCAUGACACCGAAGGAAAAUCUCGAUUGCCGUUUUUCUGCAAGGGAAAAAUUAUAAAAUGAAAUAUUUUAUUUUAUUAUAUACCUAACACUAUAUACAAUAUUAUAGGCAUUUUUAACCUU